CUUAAAUGCAUAUCUUCCACCGACAGCUCUUUCCAUCCGUGCCAAUUGCACGUUUCAACAAUUGAAAUCAUCAAUUACACCAACUAAAAUGUUGAGCGUCAAAUUUGCGUUCCAGAGACAUUGAAGUUUUCUCUCACAGGGAGUCCAUUGUAGCAGCACUUUAAGUUUUAGCCCAUGGUUUCCUGUGUGUUUAAUAGCCCGUUUCAAACUUAAAAUGUUUUCAAACUUUCAUACACACUGAGCCAUCACAGUGGUAGACAAUUCAGUUCAAAUAAAUUGAUGUUUUCCAUAGCCGGCGGCAAGCACAAUAAAAGGGCCAAGUUGUCCGUGACGAAAUUAAUUCGUGUUCCUCGUUGUAAACUUUGGCAGCAAUAGAUCAAAACAGUUCAAUGUAACGAGCACGAAUAUUUCACCGUGUCAGCGAGAAUGUCGAGCUUCAACGAGUGUAAAGAACAAACUAACGAGGCGAAAAGCUCUACUAAGGGAGAGUCAACCCGCGCUCGGAGGCAUUCAACUUGUGGUCAUGUUCCCAGACACGCCAUAAAUCCUGCUAUCUCAAAAGACGCAUCGCCCAAUGAUGCGCCGAGAAGCACUCAGGACGUGACAAGCGCUGCUAAUGCAGGAUUUGUCGGAUUACCUCGUCGAAGGAAAACCUCACUGCCUUCUUCUGUGGCGUUAAAACGUGACCAAUUUCUUGAAGGCGGACGAGUGGAGGUGGCAAAACGAGAGGUGAACUUAGAGGCACGCAUGCCUGUAUUCACCAAGGAGCCUGGUGCAGCAAAGAAGGGCACCACUACAGCGUUGACGAAAACCGAGGUCAAUGGAUGGAUGUUCGAAAACAACGGAGGUAAAAUGAGUGUGAAUCAGGGACCCCGGCAGAGACGAAUAAGUUUGCCCGUUUUGAGGGUAGACAAAACAGAUUCCCCGGCUCUUCCGAGCUGUAAUUCUGGAUCAAGCGGUGAACUGAAUAACAAUUUUUUAACCCCUAUUUCACGUGUUCGUAGUGGUUCUCUCGCAAAUAAGAAGGUCGAAAAUCGCCAAUGGACACAAGGCUUUUAAUGUUUAAAGUGGGACUAGUUAAACUGUACAACUAAACAUGAUAGAGGAAGACAUGCAAUAGAAUGCUUAUACCUUGAUACCAUGCAGAAAACGGAAUGCACUUGACAAUUCGUGAAAGCACAGAUUUAAGUUAAUUCUUUUUUUUCUCUAAGGGCUGUUAACUCGCCACUUUAGUUUCACUAAUGCAAAAUAAUAUUAUUAAGCAAUGAUUAAAUAAGACACUGAGUAAGUUUCAAAUUAAGCGAAAUUUUAGUCAUGAGCUGUUAUAAAGAAAAUGCCUUCAUCAGUCUUAUAAAAGCGCAAUUAAAAUCAAUACCAUAAAAAUCUAUACAAUAUAAGGCCCGCUAAUUAUAAGAGAACUCUAAAAACUUCCAGAGUCUGGCAUUAUUUAUUUCAAUGAACUCUCCACUUGAAUGCUGAUUUUCCCUUUCGCCAAAAAUAACUUCAUCAGAAUGCAAAGUUCAGUCAUGCUAAUUACGAGCGAUAUUGAAUUUGUAUUUUGUAUUGCUCAAUAUUAGCAAUCAAAAUCUUUACAUCAAAACAUCACAUACGAGUAAAAAUAAUCUUAAACGCUUCAAUGGAAAAUACUUACCUAUUACAGAGCAAAUCAAGUUCAGAUAGAUAAGGAGAAUUAAACACGGGCAACAAUUGCCGUGAAGAACGUUUGAAAUUCACACUGUAUUUUCGUCGGUAACGGAGUUAAGUAGCUGAUGAUAAACCAGGGGGAGAACGGUUUGUUGCGCUUGCAAGUUGAGGCUAUGUACGCGUGAUUUGACAAAUAGUGCCAUUAUUUACAAAUACAAAAUAAUAGCAAGCGACUUUCUGUAAAGCAUGGAUUAAGCACUUACAAAAAAGUGCAAGGUUCCUUACAUUUAUAAGUUUACUUUUGAAACAAAGACUCACUAGGAACAAUUAAUUAUACAUUGAAACCAAGAGAUUGUGAUCUCUUGCUGAAACUAAGAUAUGUAAAUCUGUUUCUUUUGAAAAACAAAUCUUGAUGUAUAAAAAAUCUUAUCUUUAUAGAGGGUCUAUUAUACUCUGACAGUUUGACGGUUUAAGCUACUUUUGAGUGCCGGUUUGCGGGUACAUUCACACUUAGCUGGCGUUCUACAGUUGUGAAAUUAUCGCGCGGUUGCGGGAAAUCAUAAAUUUAGCUCGCGG